AUGCCUUCCACCACCAUUGUAGCGGAAUUACACAAACCCAAGAGUCCAGUGGAAAUCUGGCGAUUGCAGCCAACACCCGUGCCUCUUGUCGAGCUGCGGUGGGUAACAGCGCCAGAGAUGAAUUCGUCUGAAUUUCCCAUGGUCUAUGAUAUGCUCCUGGAGCAUAAUGGGGCGAACCCCAUCCUGAUUGACCAGGAUACCCUGCGCGACCAUACCGACGAAGUCACAUUGCACCAAUGUAACUGGGACGGCUGCACGAUGCACAUUGCUGUCGACCACAAGCAGAUCUCCAAACAUCUCCAGCAUUAUCAUGGUAUCAACACCAGCGCUACGAGUGAGGACACGCAGCAGAUCUCCUGUCUUUGGACGGGUUGUCUCGAUGCCCGCAUGAAACCAGGGAACAUCCCACGUCAUAUACUUUCACACCUUGGAGUACGGCGGAUUUGUUCGAUAUGCGGGGCUUCACUCUCGCGGGAUGAUGCCUUUCGAAGACAUACUCUUGAAAGACCGGGCUGCCAGUAUGCGAAAGCUGUUGUAAAGUAUGGAGAUAAAUCACUGGUAAUUGACACAGCGUACAUUGAUGGGGGUUUUUCGCUCAGCCAAAAUGUAAUCUGCAUCCCCUGA